ACUUGUGUGACUAAGUUGAAACCUUCUCGAUACUUUCAAUUCAAACCACCUCGUGCAUUUCUUUUUUUUACGAACAUUAGUAUUAUCCACUUCAAUUUUUUGCAAAAAACUGAAGAAAUCUGCAAAAAUGAUGCAGGCCCAAUCCGCGAACCUGCAGUGUAACGUACCGAGUGUUUAUGUAAUGGUGAACGACAGUUCGGGAAUUCCACAUAGUGGCGGAAGUUCGGCGAGCAAUUCGCCCAAUCACUACGAACGAUUUUCACCUCCAACUCACCUAAUGGAUCUGAGCAACCCUCAGGAUCAACGAAACCUUCCAAAUCUACACCAUCAUCAUCACCAUCACAAUCCACACUACCUACCCCCAUCUUCUUACCACGUCUACGGGAACAUGGAAAACAAACGCUUGUAUCAGAAUCAAAAUGAAAAAUUGGUUUUCGAUAAAGUUGACUACGAGCGACGGCUUCACGACAAUUCCCCAGGAAUUCUCUCCAAUCACAGUAGGGAUCAUGAAAACAGUUUGUACUUAUCUCCGUCGCCGCAGAUGUACUCAUCCGGAGAGGAAAUGAAUUCGCAGAUUCAUGAACAGUCUUACAUGAAUAACAUUGUUGAGUUCAAGCCGGAAGUUAUUGAUUUUAAAGACGAGCAAAACUAUAAAGAUGGAGUGGCAGAUUUUAAAGAGAAUAUUAGAGUCAUGAGGUCAGAGCAGUCUCCGGAGAAGAAUUUUGAGACUGGGAGAAUUUCGUUCGGCAAACGGAAGAGGAAAUACAGCGUGGAUAAUGAUUCCGAUGAUGAUACAGCGUCAUCUUCUUCAUCAAGGUUCAAGAUGCGACGAAAAAGCGGCGCUAGUCAUGAGGAGAUUCAGAAUCAGAGGGUUAUCGCCAAUGUGAGGGAAAGACAAAGAACGCAAAGCUUAAAUGAGGCGUUUACUACCCUUAGGAAGAAAAUUCCGACCAUGCCGAGUGACAAGCUGAGCAAGAUCCAAACACUGAGGUUAGCUUCGAGAUACAUUGACUUCCUGGUCCAAGUUCUGCACUGUCCGCUUGACAAUUUGGACGGCUUAGACGAUGGAGACGCCAAUCAAAAAAAAGCUAUAAACUCAGCUGCAAGAGAAGUAGCAUCAGCUUCCUGCAAUCUCAUGGCCCAGGAAAAACUUUCAUAUGCCUUCAGUGUCUGGAGGAUGCAAGGUGAUUGGAAUGCUACGUUAUAGAAAUCCGCAACAAAUCUACAUCACAAAUCAGGUAAUCUGUGCGUGAUGGAUUCAGGAUCCAGUGAUUUUUUUAGGAGAAUUUUGUGUUCGCGGGUUCGAAAACCACUGAAUGUCUCUGACAUAAAUAUUUUAUUUUGUAAAUAUUUUGAUAGAUUUAUAUGUAGUAUUGAUUUUGAUGUAAAUAACGAUAUUCGGAACUAUCUUCUACUUUCCUUGAUCUGAAAGUAUGAAAAUGGCGCUUCUUUUUAAUAAUAAAUUAAACUGCGGAUCAAUUACUAUUCACUAAAGCACGAUUUUAGUAGUAACGUGAUUAAAAAUCUGCGAUCAUAUAGGAUAGUCUUUCUCGCUCGUUCUAUGUUGAUAUAUUUUUAUAAAUAAACACAAAAUAGCAAGUUGAUCAUUUCUUCUUAUUAAUUUAUUUUUCUAAUAAGGGCCUUAAAAAUUAAAGCUUGAGUGCGGUCCCUUUUUUCUGUUAUUUCUGGGUUAAUAAUUUUCUAUUUUACGAGUGCACAAAUAGUUUUAGGGCUCAGAAUAUUGCUGGCUUACAAAGCGCGUGCCUCGGGGAAUCCCGAUAGGUUGAAGGCCAGUAGAAACGGUGGUAACAAUGGCCGAUUACUGCUGGUAUUCCCCUACAGGUAUCCAAAUUCUUAAGUGAAAAGCUCACCCGACAACCUCUCGAGAGGAAAAUAGACCCUUUAAAGUUAAAUUUACGACUUGUGAUUAUAUAUCACGCGUUAAGGUAGGACCAACAGAAUUUGGUUUCCGUCCACAAUGCAGCUUUUGGCCAUUUAUUGCCCAAAAUCCUGCGAGCUGAUUUCAGGAUUAGGAAUUAUAUCCCGGACUCUAACCUGGGUUUUUCCCAGCGGGAAAAUCCCGGACCUACAUUACUACCUAUACAAAACAAAUCAGUGUGCUUUUAUUUCUUUUAAUUGCAUUAAAAUCAGUGAAUUUAUCAUAGUAUUAUAAAUCAUUAUUUUGCAAUU